AUGGAUAUGUCGAAGUACAUUCUCGAGAUUACCCUUUACCAGGCCAUUGGUCCUGGUCUCUUCCCAUUGUCAGAAACUCUUAGAGAGAUAGGUAGAACCUUUCUAUUCAGCUGUGAGAGCGGAGUUGGCCUGGAGCGCAUCGAUGACCUAGACCGUGUCAAACGCGGAGGAUAUCUACACCACAGCUGUGCAGGUAUUUUUAUUACUGAGUGCCGGCUACCCUCAAAUCCUGGAGAAAUCUGCUUUUUCAUUUCUCCUGGCCAUCCAAAGGAACCAUGCUGUAGCAGGGGACUGGAUGAUGGAUACAAAAAUUGGAGAGCCUUAGCAUUCGAAGAAGGCGCCGAUGAUAAACCUGAAUGUUUAAAGUUGGAUCAUAUCGGGCCCUCUAGCUACCUCAUUUACAAUUUCCGCGCGACAAACGUCUCUAGCUGGGCCAAACUCUUCGCUCAAACGGCACAUGUCCUGCAUCCCACAGACGAAACCAGAGAAAAUCCUGUUGCAGUACUCUUAGGGUCGCCCGAGGUUCUUUGGGGCCUGGUGGCGCUCGGCGUUGGCGAUGACAUUGACAAUUUGGGUGCUUAUGUUACAUUUGGAGAGCGUGGGAUUAAACUUGCAUGGAGACCUGGAAGCCAACCCGAUAGAACACCUGCUAGAGCUUUGGCAGUUACAAUCUAUCACAACGAAUCAAAAAACACAUCGUCGUUAUCUGGAGCAAGGCACAGAUGUAUGACGCCCUCGUACAUUCCUCCAGGUCUAUCUACCAUUCGAUUCAGCAGAUCAAACAAGUCACGUGCACAGCACACACAGAAACAAGGAACUGCUAGUUUCUCCGGGCCAGCGGCCUAUCGGAGUGUUGGUUCACUCCCAGCACAUCACAUUUCUCCACGCAUGGCUCUGUCCGUUGGGCUCGUGGCCGGAGUGGGUAGGGCCCGUUGGGUGCGUUGUAUUCAGAGUUCUAGAGGUGAUGAUCGUGUGCGCGAACGUGGAAGGGACUUCGGAUAG